UUAUUAUUCUUGUCUGCUUUAUGGUGGUGACAUAAAGCAGUUGACGAAGAUUAUUUAGCGAUCAAAACUCUUCUCUUGUCAUUCUCUAGUUUAAAACUGACUGUGAGGUACUUCGGGGUAUUUAUAUAGAGGCAUUAUUGAGGUCCUUCCUGGCUGGCCCAUGCUGAGACAGGGACCUAGAGGAACUGAACGGACUCAACAUGGCCUGUGUAGAGGAGCCCCCUGAAAGUGUGUGUGUGUCCUUUGUCUGUGUGUGUGUGUGUCCUUUGUCUUUGUGUGUGUGUCCUUUGUCUGUGUGUGUGUGUCCUUUGUCUGUGUGUGUGUGUCCUUUGUCUGUGUGUGUGUGUCCUUUGUCUGUGUGUAUUCACCUGUGUCUCCCACUGUGUAUGCCCAGGCACUGCUGGGUGUGUUUUGCGACAGAGAGAGAGGACCGCGUGGCAGAGUGGGUGAGCCCCUGCAGGUGUAAAGGCUGUACCAAGUGGAUCCACCAGGCCUGCCUGCAGCGCUGGCUCGAUGAGAAGCAGAAAGGAAACAGUGGAGGAGCUGUCAGCUGCCCUCAGUGUGGCACAGAGUACAGCAUCGUCUUCCCCAAGAUGGGGCCAUUGGUGUACUUCCUCCAGCAGGUGGACAGGGCUCUGUCGCGGGCCAGUCCGUUCGCUGCUGCUGGGGUGGUGGUGGGGACAGUCUAUUGGUCAGCUGUCACCUAUGGAGCUGUGACUGUCAUGCAGGUGGUGGGCCAUAAGAAGGGCUUGGAUGUGAUGGAGAGAGCAGAUCCUGUGUUCCUCCUGAUGGGUCUACCUACCAUCCCUGUGAUGCUGGUCCUGGGCAAGAUGAUACGCUGGGAGGACUACAUACUGAGGCUGUGGCAGAGACACUCCUCUAAACUACAGCUGCUAGUUCCAGGUAUAGGGCGUCCGUUGCCCCGUGUGCCAGCUGAUGGGAGUAAUGGAGGGGACCACCUGUCAGUGUCUCGUACUUUGUGUGGAGCUCUCAUCUUCCCCUCCGUGGCCAACCUGGUGGGACGGCUGAUUUUCAGCAGGGUACCUUCAUCUCUGCAACGCACCGUUCUGGGUGGUAUAGCGUUUGUGGUGAUGAAGGGAGUGUUGAAGGUGUAUUUCAAACAGCAGCAGUACCUUACCCAGGCCAACCGCCACAUCCUCAACUACCCAGAGAGAGAGAGGGACAUGGAUGGAGAGGGGCGGAGUGAGGGAGGAGAGGACGACACAGAGGAUAGUGGAAACGAGUGAACACCCCCCCCUAACCCUAGAGGGCGAAGGAGGGACGGAGAGGUAGAGCGGAGAUAUAAUUAGUUGGAGCAGAAACGAUUGACAGCCUCCCAGAAUCCUCUCUGUUCCCUGACCUCACACAAAGAGAAACCUGCAAUCAAGCACAAUGUAGUUUUAUUUUACUCAGACAAGGGGUGUGUUUAAGAGGUGUGUUACGUUUCCAAACAGAUAACUUGUCAAAUAGAAAUGCAGUUGUGAGUUUUUUCCUUUGAAAGUGUUUUCUCCCAUUGGUGUUUCCUGAACUCAACCAUGCUCUGGUAUUUCAUUGUAAGAUAUCCACCCAAUCGUGUGUGUGUGUGUGUGCGCGUGUGUCUACACCUGGGGUAUCGAAUCCGGCCCGUGGGUGGUUUGAGUAUAUAUAUAAGAACCAUUUUUUGCAACCAAUUUUUAGUGCUGCCCUUUGGAACUUGUUGAAGACCAAACACCCUGGUCUACGUUGAACCCUUGCUAUUUUAUUUGCUUGUAAGAAUGAAUGAGCUAAUAAAGUGAUUUGAUUGUUAAAUACUA